AUGGGGCGAGGGAAGAUAGAGAUAAGGAAGAUCGAGAACCCAAUAAGCAGGCAGGUGACCUUCUCGAAGAGGAGAAAGGGGCUGCUCAAGAAAGCCCAUGAACUCUCAGUCCUCUGCGAUGCCCAGAUCGGCCUCAUCGUUUUCUCCGAGAGAGGGAAGAUGAAGGAAUUCUGCAGCGACCCCCCCAGCAGGUUCCGUGAAUUCCUUAUCAUUUUCCCCUCAGAUUCUGAACCCAUUCAUGUGUUUCCUCGGCUCUUCUUUGUGUUACUCCUACUCCGCAAAUCUGGGUUCUUAUCUUUCCCGUUUCGUCGUCCUCUACGUCCGCUGUGUAUUCUCUCUCUUCACUUAAGACGCCUUGGCUUUUCCAAUGCUGCUUCCUCUUUGGUUUUGUACCGAAUAUUUCUUGAUCUCCUGUCCUGA